AGUCGUGGUGCGCAGAAUUAUCAACCUUGCACCAUGCCCCUACUUUCUUUGGUUAGAUGGUGAAAGCCGUUAAAUGCACGCGAAGAGAUGCCCGUCACUGCAACGACUAUCGCUUCAUACGAGGCAUACACAAGGAAAAAAUUCAGUGUGAACGUGCCUGCCGUAGUCCGGGGUAGGGAGGCGGGGGAGCCUUCAGAACGUCCUCCAUCCAGGUGUGUUAUGAGCGAUGAGACCUUGCACAGAGUGGGAAUAGAUAUCAUUAAGCUCACAGAGUGUCCUUCCGUUCAAGGAGGGGAUCUAAAGUUGGUGUUCGAACGAGAUCCGUGUGUUGCCUCCGUUGAGUUCGAUCAGGUUGUUACCAUAGUUGGUGGCGAAACAGAUCUCUCCUUCGGUCGGUCAACCGCUGUCGGUGCGAAUCAACUAAACUUGAGUCCAGAUGUAACGCCGAAAGACCGGGAGAGUCCUAAGGAACAACCAUACUGGCGUGAUAUUGCUAGGUUUGACGCAGCAUACAAUUUGGCUGAGUGCCUUCGAAGCGAGACUGUCGCGGUCAUCGAUACUGGGAUCGCGUACAAUCACCCAUCGCUUCGGAAGAACAUAUGGAAAAACCCUGGAGAGAUCGCUGGAAAUGGAGUGGAUGAUGACAACAAUGGCUUUGUCGACGACGUUUACGGAUUCAACUUCAUUAGUAACGACGGAGACAUGUCAGACGACAAUGGGCAUGGUACCCACUGCGCUGGUCUCAUAGGGGGCUUGAAGGACAGCGCUACCGGCGCCCAAGGAGUAUGUGGUGCCACCACCAUAGCCGGACUGAAGUUUAUGGGAGAGAACGGCAGCGGUGCGACGUCCGACGCAGUUAAAGCGCUCAAUUAUUGCAUACAAAUGGGAAUUCGUAUCAGCAACAACAGCUGGGGCGGACCAGCACGAACGGACGCUUUAGAAAGGGCCAUCAACAAAUCUCAUGAAGCAGGUCAUAUCUUCGUCUGCGCUGCCGGAAAUUCUGGACAAAAUAUUGAUCGCUCACCUUCCUAUCCCGCAUCUUACACUUCUCCAAACAUCGUGGCAGUCGCCGCAACAGAUGCAUCCGAUGAAAUAGCUGCCUUUAGCAACAUAGGCGUUCGAUCUGUGGAUGUGGCUGCCCCUGGUGUGUCGAUCCUAUCCACGUAUCCUCCAGACACCUUCAAGGUACUCUCAGGAACAUCAAUGGCGUCUCCUAUUGUAGCCGGCCUGGCAGCUUUGUUGGUGUCCCUCCCUUUUGAGGACCACAUGGAGAUCAAGCAAGCCAUUAUUGAAGGAGUGGACAGACUCCCAUCGACUCGCGGCAGGGUAAUCUCUGGGGGGCGCAUUGACGCCUAUCGUUCUAUCAUGUGGCUCGCAACAAGGCUAGGAAUGCAACGGGGAUAUCUCAGAAGAAGAACGACGUCUCACCCUCUUGAAAACACGGAUCAUGACCAAGGCUACACCCAGGAAGCCGAGGAACACAGCUGAUACACACGGAAACGGCGAUGCGUGUAGGCGAAAACACCCAGUUCGAAACACCAGACUUGCUGCGUCAAUUCUGACAGGAGAAUGCGCAAUCGACCGGAGUGGAUCGCGUGGGAAGAUUGCUCACACUACCGCCUUGUAUCACCUGCAAUCGAAUGAUGUUCUCAGUAGACCGUUGACGGGAGGUCCCGACCGUGCACGACGCUCGUUAUCAUGCGAAAAUGUCAAUUUCGUGCAAGUCACUGUUCUCCUUUCUUCCCUCAGUGCACACACUGUUGGGCGACUUGACAUUGUCAGCAUGCUACACUUUCCUGCAACUUUCAUCGUGCCAGGAAGCGCGACACCUGUAUGAGACAGAAGUUUGAGGGGUGGCGGAACGCGACCCUGCUCGCUGGGGGCAUUUCGAUGCGGCCACGCGAUGACGACGACUGACAUUCUCU